CAUGACUAAUGCGGGCAGAAUCGCUCACCGCUUGUGCCCAACCCCACCAACUCCCGUCACCUGCAGAUUCAUGACUGCCUGCCCGUCCAGCUGGAGUGCCCUGCACAUUGAGUCCAGCGUCGGCCCCGCGCCUUGGACUGCCCGUCGCCCAGUAUUAAACCCCCAUCCACUCCCGGCAACCACGCAGGGAGUGCGCGCACGUGUCGAACCUCUAUCAGUCUCGCUUCCUGAAUCACUCCCCCGGGCGCGCGCUCUUUGCUUGCAUCAUGGCGGUCGCACAGGUGCCCCGCAGCUUCAAGCUCCUUGCCGAGCUGGAGAAGGGGGAGAAAGGCUUGGGUGCCGGCGCCUGCUCGUACGGUCUGGAGGACUCGGAGGACAUUCUCCUGACGAACUGGAGAGGAACUAUCUGGGGCCCGCCACAUGGCAACCACGAGAACCGAAUCUACGAGCUCAAGAUGCACUGCGGUGACAACUACCCCAAGGAGCCGCCCGUCAUCCACUUUGUCAGCCAGAUCAACCUUCCCGGCGUCAACAACACCAACGGCCUGAUCGACCCCAAGGCCAUCCCGAUCUUGCGUGACUGGGUUCGCAUCGCUGCCGAGCUGUCAAAGAACCCCCGGCCAAAGGAGGACCCUCUGAGCCUGGAGGCUGCUUUGAUCUCGAUACGAAAGUUUAUGGACGAGCACAAGAAGCUUCCGCAGCCCCCUGAGGGCUCGAGAUACGCCAUCUACGAGAACUCUAAAUAGAAACGCUAUACACAAAUGUGUUGGGAGGAAAGCCACAUGUUUCGUGAUUUCUAGUGCUACACAACCAACGCAAGAGGAGGAUUGACGGCUAUAUGUAGGCGAGUGGAGGGAGCGCAGUUUCUACAGUAUGUUACCAUAUUUUACAUGCAGCGAUAACUUUCAUUCUUAUAGCAUCCUGCCCGUGCUGCCUGUAAGGAUUGCCUCGCCGCUCUUUCCCGAUGCCGGGCGUUUAGUCUUGUC